GGCAACCUACCGAAGUCGAACAAAGCAGAAGGGCAUAUUCAAAGUGUCAUACCAUCGCAAUCAUGGCCCAAAAACCCGUGAGGAGAUCAGGGACAGCAUUUGCAAUUACACCCAACCCUGCGCUCCAUACCGAUCACAAGUUCACCCAAUGAAUUCUGGGUUCAACUCUGGACCGGGCGUUCAAUCCGUCCUUGGCCCUGUCUGCGCACCACACACACACCUGCGCGCCCUGGACCACGGAGCCAUCGACCCACGACAUCGGCAGAGUGGGGUCGCGCCAGGGAUACCGCAGCCAAGCGGUUGGUGGAAUGGAGACACGCCUCAUCCAAUUGCCAGUAUGCCGCCCCCGCUAGGACAUGCCGGGGAUUAUGGCCGCCCAGGAUGGCCGCCCAACGCUGUCGGAUGCUUGCCCACCCAAAGCCAUCGCAAAUCUGUGAGUUUCUCUGCUCUGUGCAUGGAUCUAUUCACUGAUAGGCAACUCUGUCGGUCAGGAUGGUGAUAACAUCAUGACCGUCCACGGUCGAAGACCCAACACUUAUGGCGCCAUUGGCACGCCUGUCCCAAAGAGAGGGUGAACAAUGGGCGCGUUCUGCCAUCGACCGCAGAGAGAACACUUUGCACAUCCAUGGCCGAGUUACCGCAGGCUAUCAACCACUCCAAUGGCUCUCCUAAGGACUGUCCAGUUAUUGGCUUGUUCAGGUUCCCCUCCGGGUGUUUGUCACGCUGGCAUUUUACGAGGCUCUUGUUCGAGAUUGUUGAUUUCCUUAGUUCGAGCUGUGCGUUUGAGAAAGUUCCGCGUUCCUGUGUAUCAUAGCGUCAAAAACCGCUCGUAUCUGCAAACCCAGCUCACAGAUCACUGCCAGGAGUUUGGAUGAAGCAUCGCGCGCGUGUCGGUAAAGAACACGUUAUUUCAUUCUGCUCUUCUCAUUAUAACGGUUGUGAGCAAAAAUCACUCACUGAUCGCUGCAUCUG